AACGCAGUGGAGGACGUCGCCGGCGCAGUCUUGUGGUCGCAGUGAUCCCGCGUCUUGCAGCGCGCCCCCUUCAGCCUUCAACACGUGAAGAUGCGUCAGCUGGUGUGUGCGAUGUGCGUGGUGGCGUGCGCCGCGGCGGUGGCCCGGGCGCAGUUCUUCGUGCCGGCGCCCGCCUUCGGAGUGCCUCUGCCGCUGGCGGCGGCGCCGGUCGCGGACUCUCGCAGGGCUCUGCAGCACCGCGCCGUCGUGCUCAACGCGGAGGCCGAGGCGCGCCUGCCGCCCGCCUUGCAGAACCCCUUCUACAAGAACCCCCGCAUCGAGGCGGCGCUCGCCAAGGAGAGCUGGUUCACGCCCGAGGAGAUGCAAGUGCGCGAGCGCGAGGCGGAGAAGAUUCCGCGCGCCAAGAUCUUCUCCAUCCUGAAGAACGCGGGGCUCGCCCGCCGCCGGUGAGGGCGGCAGCGGGGUCCCCGCCUCCUUCCUGCCGGGUGCUGUGUGUCUCUCCCUCACACCCGUCAUAGACGUCAUCACGGACUCACACGUUGCCAUUUCUUUCUACGCAUACGAAGAAACCGGUAAACGUUUCUUUCUCGGUGCACACUCACACGUACUCGACCGACUGCUGUUGUAGAGAGGGUCAUCGAAUUCGGGUGGAACAAUAUACACUGCACGGUAUCCGUAUAAAACAUAAAUCGCGAAUGAUUCUUUCUCCACCAACGAAAUGAAAUCAGGAACUCUCAAAGUCCGUACUAAGCAAAAGUUUCCUCCGAAGCAGCUCAUUUCGUGUGGACUUACUUGACACUAUCACUGACAACAUAUAACGGGUGAUCAAAAAGUCCGUAUAAAGUUGAAAACUAAAUAAACCACGGAAUAAUGUAGAUAGCGAGGUACAAAUUGACACACAUGCUUGGAAUGACAUUUGGUUUUAUUAGAACCAAAAAUAUACAAACGUUCAAAAAAUGUCCGACAGAUGGCGCUUCAUCUGAUCAGAAUAGCAAUAUUGAGAAUAACAAAUUAAGACAAACCAAAGAUGAUGUUCUUUACAGGAAAUGCUCAAUAUGUCCACCAUCACUCCUCAACAAUAGCUGUAGUCGAGGAAUAAUGUUGUGAACAGCACUGUAAAGCAUGUCCGGAGUUAUGGUGAGGCGUUGGCGUCGGAUGUUGUCUUUCAGCAUCCCUAGAGAUGUCGGUCCAUCACGAUACACUUGCGCGCAGGAGAUCUUUCACGCAUCUAGCAAAUUUUUUUUGUUCUAAUAAAACCCCAUGUCAUUCCAAGCAUGUGUAUCAAUUUUUACCUCUCUAUCUACAUUAUUCCGCGGUUUAUUAAGUUUUCAAAUUUAUACUGACUUUUUGAUCACCCGUUACUUUAGUGUAACACUGUGGACAUCCUACUAUGGCGAACUACUCAGCACACGUAAAAGUAAGGGUCAGUCUUAAACUGUUCCUCCCGCGAUCAACAUUUAUGCAAAUGACUAUCCACUAUACGAAUUUUUAACCGAAAAGCGUUGUUAACUGAACGACUAGUUAACAUUGCAUGUCCACUUUUCCUCGUUUUACUUCCACAAGUGCUCCCAGACUUGAUACUGGUAUAACGAGGUAACUCUUACUCAGGAAUUGUGUCCCUCUCUACAUUUCAGUAACUAGCGCGACAUACAAGCAGUUAUUACUCACGAACGAAAUGAAAUGCGAAGUAUAUGAAUGAAUGGACAAAUGUUUGUGUCUGCUUCAUGUGAUUUCUGAAGAAAGUUGUUAAUUGGUGGCGUUCUGUGUUAAGCUGCCAUUGUUAUUGUUUGUUACAUUUAUGUAUUAUUAUCCUUUAUUGAAACGUAAUUUAUGCUUCACCGCAGCUGACAGUAGUGUGUCUAAAAUGUCAAUGGGCUUCACUGGAAAUAUGCUACUGAAUACAUAAAUGUAUUGAAACUCAAAGCCCAAAAGUCAUAGUCAUCACAUUUCAUGUAGUAAAACAGUCCUGUGCUCAAUGUUUCUACAAAAAUGCUAUGAUAAAAGUACAACGAAAGCCUUCCUCCUUUACAAAAACUAAUUCAGUUUAAAUGCAAACUCACUUCAUAAGUCACAUACUGCCGAGACAUUUCUUAAUCAUUCCUGUUAUAUAGUACUAAAGUAACACUCAUCUUUGUAAGAUUUAUUCCUUCCUGAGUUUAGUUAUAGGCCUAGUUAAAUACAGUACAGGAGUCUGAUACUCAAGUGAAUAUCAUGUACAUAAACAAAGUUUUAUAAUAAACAAAUAUACCAAUA